UCCUCCUCCUCCUCCUCCUCCUCCUCCUCUUCUUCUUCCUCCUCUUAUUUCUUCUCCUCUUGCUCUUCAUUAUCAGUAUUUCUCCAAGAACAACAACAACAACAACAACAACAACAACAACAACAACAGUAACAACAACAACAACAACAACAACAACACAUACUACUGCUACAACAACAACAACAACAACAACAACACCUUGCACACCUGAAUAACUGCAUCACACACCUGUACUCUCUACCACACACCUGUUUCAAUCCCCAUACACAACUACAGUAG